AAUUCCCUCGUUAAUCAUUUGACAGGAUCAUCGCAGUAUUCACUGGUCAAAAGGAGCAAAUAUUCCAAACUUUUUCAAAAUGACCAUCGGCUGUAAAAGCUGAACCCUGGCCGAAGGCAUGGAGGGCUUGGUCACAGCCAUCAGCAGACGACACACGGACGCCUUUGAAAAUUUUCGAGCAGGCGUGAAUAAGAUUUGUUGAUAAAAUCUAUUGUGGUGUUUUGUGUUUUGGCUUUAGAAUUUCGUGCUUGUGAUUGUUGUAUACGUGCAUAUCUUGUGCAUUUUGACACUUUUACAGUGUUGUUCGUCCCUUUCUCAAAACUUGUAGCCUGCUUGUCAGCUUCUCCAGGUCUCAUCCUGGAAGUAACAUUCUAAAUAUCGGUGCUGUAUCUACCUGACAGUAGAUAAACCUGUUGGGGUUUUUCUCACCCCUCAAAGAACACAUACCGCUUUCUGACUCAACAUCUCAAUAUGAGUCGCUGUCCGGGAAUGUACUGUGGCAGAACAGUACUAGACAACGGAACAUUGUCUGAUUGCACAGCCUGCCCACGAGGAUUCCGCUCUAACUCCUCUUCGAUAUGUGAGCUGUGUAAAGACAAUCCCAUAUUUUAUGAUUGGCUCUAUUUGGGUUUCAUAGUCAUCACAGUGUGUGUUCUACAUUUAUUCUGUAUUGAUACAACUGUUAGAAAAAAAGGCGUUGUUCUUCAUAUUUGUGCUGUUUUGGAGACUAUAGCAGCUGCUAUUUUAACAGUUCUUGUAGUAGAUCCAAUUGGUGAAUUCGGUGUCAGAUCAUGUCACACCCAUCAUUUAUCUGACUGGUACACACUGUUUCACAAUCCAAGUCCACAAUAUGAGAAAACUCUCCAUUGCACGCAAGAAGCUGUGUACCCAUUAUACACAAUGGUGUUCAUGUUUUAUGCAAUUGCUGUGAGUUUGAUGCUCCUGAUAAGACCCUGGGUUGCUGGCAAGUUUGUGCCACUAUCUGGUAAAUUGUCAAUUUAUGCAGCUAUGUAUUUCUUUCCAUUAUUAUCCCUCAUCCAUGCUGCCUUCGGAGGUCUGAUCUAUUUCUCAUUCCCCUACAUAAUUAUUAUUUUAUCAAUCAUAUCAAAUGCAGCUCACUUUGCUCUAGAAUUGGAUCAGUCUAUGUCAGCUUUGGUGAUGAACACAGUCACAGAUACAGUGAAUGUAGUGACUGUUCUUGUACACUGGGCUCUUAAUGCAUAUGGUAUAAUUUCAAUCACUCAACUGACUGAGCCAUUGACUCAUAGUCUAUUAAUUUUGCUUGUCCCUGCACCUACAAUAUUCUACAUUCUCACCGCAAGAUUUACCGAUCCGAAGAAGCUACAUGCUGACUGACACGUGCAGUACGCCUUGCAGUAUGCUGCCGCUCAGGCACCUGCCCCUGUGCUUGGCAUCAGACAAGGCGAGGCUCAUCCAUUUAUUCCAAGGCCAUCAGUCUCUGUACAGAGGACUACAGAGCACCCUCCUACUAUUCGUGAAUAUGCUGUACCUGAAAUGAGAGACUUUAGAGCCAUAGAUGGAGGCUUUCCCCGAAUUCAUUCUCUCCAAUCACACUCACAUGUAUGCAUCAGUUAAAAAUUGACUUAAGAUUGAUUGUGAUUUGAGACACUUAUGUUGUGAUAUAAUAUUUUAAGUGUCAGAGUGUUGUUUACUGAAUCUGUCUUAUGACAUCAGUAUCUAUUUAUCUACUUUAUUGUGCGUGUGACUUAAAUUAUUUUCGUUUUCUGCUUGUUCUUGUUAUUAGAAUUAACAAAGUAGUUUGUUAAUAUUGAUCAUACUAGAUCAAUCUCUCUGUAAUGUUGACUUAAGGGGGAGGCUCGUCAAUUUCCGUCAAAAAAGCAAAUUUUCGUUUUU